ACGUAGAUAUAUUGAAGUACAAAACUCAAUGUCUGGCCCACUCUUCGCUGUGUUUAAUGAGUUUAGCUGAGAUAUCAGGUAAUAGUGCAAAACGCAUCCAGAUCACAGCAUGACACUAAUUGUGUGCGUCUGCGAUUAUUGGGAACGCCGCCACUACUAUAAUCGGCAGCCCGUCCAGUCGGCGGCGGGCGACAACGGCAAGAGCCGGAAAAAAACUGUUCGCCGGCUGUCAUUGGAGCUAGAUGCCAUCGCUGGCAACUACUGGCUGCGCGAGCUACUGCAGCAAAAGGUGCUGUGUCAUAGACUGGAGCGUGACCAUGAAGUACAGCUGUUGUGGCUUUCAUUGCAUCCGCCCGAACACGACACCAUCGACUAUAAGUGGGCGGAUAUGCUGGCGCAUACUAUAUGGGAACACAUCGAAGUGGAACAUUUAAUGUCGUGGCUCUCCACGUUGGGUGGCGGCUUUUCAGCACUAGGUGAACAAUUUGAAAGAUGCGCUCAGACAGCGGGCAAAAUCUCGUUGCAGCAGCUUACGAUUGGCCUGCGGCUAGGUGAUCCUUUUUUGCAAGCUCGCUGCAAGCUAUACUACAGCAUAUCGCUCAUCCAGUGCGGUCAACUGCGGCGAGCCAAGCGAUUGAUACGUGCCCAGUAUCGGUUUGCGAAGCAGCAUGAGGAGCACGAUCAGCGACUGGUCCGUAUGUGCCUGGGCAUUUGGCUGCGAUUGCGUUUCGAGUAUCAGGAGCGCCGGGGGCGUCGGUUAGCUGCGGAUACCAAUUCAUAACUGUUAGCCUUAAAGUCUAGAUAUAAAACGAUUUCGUGGUUUACUGCUAGUUUUUAAGAUACAAAAUAUACAAUUUACAAAUUC